AUGAUCCUCUCUUUUCUCGCCGCCCUGGCCAUCUCACUCUACGUCGCAUCGACCACGGCCCACUCAUGGAUCGAGGCAGCUUACAGGAUCGACGCCAGCACGCGCAAGUUCGUCGGAGCGCCGGGUUACCCUCGCGGGGGUAACUUUCGUCGUCUCAGCGCGGAGACGGGCCUGACCGACGCCGAGUACGUCUACCGCAUCCCGGAGAACGGGCAGUACACGGGGCAGGAGAACAUCAACCAGCGGCCCGUCGAGGCCAACCGCCCGGACGAAACGCUCGAGGCCUCCCCCGGCGACCGCAUCGCCGUCCUCCACCUGGAGAACGGCCACGUCAGCUACCCGCAGGAGGGCCGCCCCCUCAACGGCGGCACCGUGUACAUCUACGGCACGUCGCAGCCCACCGACGCCGACAAGCUCACCGACGUCCACCUGGCCUGGAACGAGGCCGGCACGGGCGGCGACGGCCGCGGCCGCCUGCUGGCCACGCGCAACUUCGACGACGGCCAGUGCUACGAGGGCAACCCGUCGUCCCAGGUGGCGACGACGCGCGCCGCCGCCGUCGGCUCCGACGCCUCCACCUCGAUGGACUGCCAGUCCGAGAUCCAGCUGCCCGACGACCUCGCGGUGGGCUCCAACUACACCAUCUACUGGUACUGGGACUGGCCCCUCCUCGACACCGCCAAGAUCGACAUGGACGGCACCAAGCAGGGGCUCUACCCGUGGAUGGGCACCUUCGUCCAGGGAGAGGAGGACCCCCGCGGCUUCACCGCCGACAUGAUCGCCUCCAACGAGAGCUACGCGAGCACCAUGGACAUCAGCAUCGUCGAAAAGUCCGACUACGCCUCCCAGAGCCUGCCCGCCGACGAGGCUGCCCUCUCGGCCGUCUACAGGACCGCCAUAGAGGCACAGAUGAAGACCGCGUUCGACGUCAAGGUCCCCGUCAUCGAGCCGGUCGGCAGCGGCGGCGGCAGCGACACCACAACCUCUCCUGCCGCUACAGGGACGACGGCGGCGACGACGCCCACGACGCCCACGACCCCCGUCCAGGCCACACCAACCGAUGUCGUCAGCGCCGCCACCGUCACCGUCACGCAGACCGUUACCGCCCCGGCACAGACGUCGGUCGCACAGGCUGAGGCUGCUGCCCCGGUUACCGUCACGACCACCGUCACGGAACCGUGUCACGAGUCCGUCACGACGCCCACGUCUACACAGACCGUCAUCGAGAUGGAGACACAAUAUGCUACCGUCUACGUCGACGAGACUACCACUGCCAUGGCUACGCCUACGGCCCGUCGUAUCCGUCGGUCAGACUGGACUUUUGGAACGUCUUAG